GUUUGUUAUUUGUUAUUACACUGUACAAGAUCUCGUUUUGUUAAAAAACAACCUAACAUUGUGUAAGUCUGUUAUUUUUAUAUUAAUUCAACUUGUGUGUGUAGAUUUAAUCAAUUCUUAUAACUAUAUACACGAAUUAAAUGCUUUUUAGAUUACAUAUAGACUAGAUAACAGUAUAAAUUAAACCAAAGUGUGAUAGUAUUCAUCAGUUUGUUUAUAUGCUUGUCAAGUGAAUUUAAAACAAAGCUCGUUUAACUAUGAGUGAUCCAGGAAGUACUAAAGAAGAUUUGAAUGAAAUUUUAAAGAGUGUGGCUGAAGAACUAAAUAUAGAAAACUACGAAUUGGUGCCGGAUGAGACAGGAACCUAUGGAGACGGGUUUGCUUCACAGUUCUAUACCGGGCAAGUCAAAAAUAAGGAUACAGGGAAAAUUAUUAAUGUAGCUAUUAAAAAAUCUCCCCCUUAUAAAGAAGUGGAUUUUUCUGGGCUUUUUAGAAGCGAAAUAACGUUCUACAAAGAAGUGUUUCCACGUUUGAGUUCGCUCCAAAAAGAGCAUCCAGCUCUAUCCAAACCAUUCGAUAAUAUUCCUAAAUACUUUUGCUCACAGCUACAACCACUGACCUUCAUUGCCCUGGAAAACUUGAAACCCCUCGGUUAUACGAUGUACGACAAAACAAAAACCCUGGACCCGAGCCACUUGAAGCUUAUUUUCACGGUAUACGGUAGGUUUCACGCUUGCUCUUUUGUGCUGAAAGAAAAUAAUCCGGAAGGGUAUAAAGAAUUGACAGACAAGAUAGUUGACGAAUUUUCCAAACUACUGAACAUAGUUAUAGCUCAAAUAGAAAGUUCUUUUAAAGGCGCUUUUAGGAGCGUACAUGCAGAAACUGAGAAAGAUUUGUACGAAAAAACGAAGAAUAUACCUGAUAAUAUCAAGGAAGUUUUUUUGAAGGCUUAUAAUUACGAUGGAAAGUUCGAUUGUAUUAUUCACGGAGACUGUUGGUCGAAUAAUAUGCUUUUCAAAUAUACGUCUGAAAACGAAGUAGAGGACGUAAAAUUGAUUGAUUUCCAGUUAUUACGUACCAGUACUCCAGUCCACGACUUGUCCUACUUCUUUUAUUCCGGAGCUUCCAAAAAAGAUUUCGACAAACUAACCGAAUAUCUUCAAAUUUAUUACAAAAGUUUUGAAGAGACUUGUAAAGAAAUGGGCGUAGACGCUAACAAAAUUUUCCCCUUCGAAAAAUUGAUAGAGGAAUGGAAGAAGAACGCCCUUUUCGGUGUCCUUAUGGGCAUAUAUUUGUGGAACAUAAAGCUGCUGCCCAAGGAACGGUUCCAGUUUAUGAUCAAAGACCAGGACAUAUCCAAAGAAAAAAUAAUGCAGAUAUGGACGGAUAUGAUGGAGGAGAUGUAUCGCAGCGAAGGUUAUCAAGAGAAGACAAAGGCUAUUUUAGUACACGCCGUUGAAUUUGGUAUUAUUGAUUGAGUACAAACGAUUACGCACUUAAAAGUUACUGGUUUUAACUAUAUAAGCCUAUUAGGUUAGUGUUACGUUACAAUUUUAUUUGAUCGAAAGUAUUAUUACAUGCUUCCAUUGAGAUAUGUAUAGUUCACAUAAAGUGCCAUUAAACGAUAUCAAUAGCUCAAUUAUUAAAGUAUUUAUUUGAAGGAAAUGUGUGAUAUGAAACAAUUUUAACCUGAUGAUUACACCAAAAGUAUUGAUGAAAUUAGAAACAACCCAGAAAAGAUUAAUUAAAAUAAUUAUAUUUUCUAAAAUAAGGUUAUUUCAAAUUAUUGUAUUUUUUUGUUUUUAUUAUAUAAUUAUAUAUAGUAUGUAUUGAAUAAAUAUUGAUAUAGUAUCAAA